UCAACAUGUCAGCCGGAGGGGUACCAGAAAAUGUCUAAUAAGGGGAGAACUGCCACUCUCGGAAAACUUCCGGUUUCUGGACUGGUUGCAGUUCCUUAAAGGUGUUCUAAGCCAUUUGUUACCACGGGAGCAUGCCUAAGCUGCUGCAAUGGAUUCCCCCCCGAGCAAUCAGAAGGCAUCCAGCAGAGAAGAAGGAGGGACUAUGGAUCCUAGAGGGUCCAUCAACUUGCCCUACCCACAGGGAUCUGCAGACACACCUCAAACCUCUAUUACGGCUCAAACAUGUGGGGUGGUCAAUGCAUCGCAGUCCACCAUUACGGCUCAAACGCAUGGGGUGGUCAAUGCGCCGCAGAUUGCACACAGUCAUAUUGAGGGAGCUGUCACAUUUAAUAUGGUGACACACAUGCAUAACACAGGAAAUGCAAGAGAGGAUGAUUUCGACAGAGGACAUGGGGCUGUUAAAGGAGAUGCCAGUGUGCAUAAAGUGUCUUCCAAACUAAAGUCUAACCUGAAGUUGAAGUUUGAGAAUAUAUUUGAGGGCCUUGCCAAACGUGGAAACCCAACACUGCUGAAUCGGAUGUUCACAGAGGUCUACAUCACAGAGGGAGAGAAGGAAGUUGUUAUUGGUGAGCAUAUCUAUUUCCAGAUGAUUGAUGGAAAGAGACCAACAGGCUUUUCCAGAGAAAAUGGUCGUCUUGUGAUUUACUAUGAAAAUAGCAUGAGGAUGCUGAACACAGCACCUAUAGAUCAAAGCUAUUACCAGAUGGUUCCUAAAGGAAGACAAUGUGAGAAUUUUAAAAGUCCUUUUCAUUCAGCGACAGACAACUUGAGUGAGCAUGAAGUAUGGCAGCUGAACACAGCAUCCAGGCAUCAAACCUGUCAUGAACCUGCUAUCAACUGCAAUGACAUCUUCAAGCCUCUGCCUGGUCAGGAUGUGCACAUCAGAACUGUGCUAACAAAGGGUGUGGCAGGGAUUGGAAAAACGGUCUCUGUUCAGAAGUUCAUUUUAGAUUGGGCAGAAGAGAAGGCCAAUCAGGAUGUGGAUUUAAUUUUUGUUCUUCCUUUCCGUGAGCUGAAUCAUUUUCAAAACAGCAAGUUAAGUCUUCAUGAGCUGCUUGAGAUCUUCCACCCUGAGCUGAAAGACAUGAAAGACAUGAACAAGUACGGUGAGGCCAAAAUAGUUGUCAUAUUUGAUGGUCUGGAUGAAAGUUAUUUACCUUUAAGCUUUCAGAGAAACAGGAUUGUUGCAGACGUUGCAAAGAGAUCAUCGCUGGAUAAGUUGCUGAUUAAUCUCUUCAAAGGUAAUCUACUUCCGUCUGCCCACAUUUGGAUAACAUCACGCCCGGCUGCUGUUCACCGGAUUCGGUCUGACUGUCUUCAUCGAGUAACGGAAAUACGCGGCUUUAAUGACCAACAGAAGGAGGAAUACUUCAGAAAGAGGGUUUCAGAUGAGAUGCAAGCUGACACAAUCAUCUCACACCUCAGAGCAUCAAAGAGCCUUCACACCAUGUGCCACAUUCCAGUGUUCUGUUGGAUUGCCUCCACGGUUCUUGGAGGAAUGCAAAGUGAUACGAUCGGAGGAAACCUUUCAUACACAUUGACAGGAAUGUACACUCGUUUCCUGCUCAUCCAAACAAAUGUGAAGAACCAGAAGUACUAUGACAAAGAUGAGCGGGACUCAAGGGAAUUGUCUUCAUCCGAUGUCCAAAUCCUGCUCCAGAUUGGCAAACUAGCCUUUGAAAACCUAGAGAAGAGCAAACUCAUAUUCUCUGAAAGAGACCUGAAAAGAUAUGGAUUGAACACUGUGGAAAUAUCAGUCCACUCAGGACUUUUCACAGAGAUUCUCAAAAAAGAAGAUCCCAUGUUUGAAGGGCAGUGGUACAGCUUCGUACACCUGAGCAUACAGGAGUUUCUCGCAGCUGUCUAUGUGUUCCUUUCAUUUGUCCGAGAGCGAGUGGAUGUGCCCCAACUAAAUGCAAAAAAAGGUGUCACUUCUCAAAACUCUAGUUUUGACAAAAACUGGCUGCGAGAUUCAAUGCAACCUUGUGAGAAAUCUGGAAAAUCACUACUUACCCGUGAGCAGUACCAAUCCUAUGUACUAGACGACUCUGACUGUGAUUCAGAGGAUGAGCCGUUGAAGAAGUCAGCCAUCCAGGAUGAAAUGCAACAACAGCACACACCCCAAGACUUCUCCACACUACAUGAGUGGCACAGGGUUGCUGUGGACAAGUCGUUGAAGAGCAAGAAUGGGCAUUUGGACCUCUUUCUACAGUUCCUCCUUGGGCUUUCACUGGGGGCCAAUUACAGCCUCUUUAGAUGCCUGUGCUUACCAACUGGGAUCUUUCAGGAGGAUAUCUGGAAAACCACAGAGUACAUCAAACACAAGCUCAGAUUGGAAGACCAGAGGAAAUGCCCUACACCUGAAAGAUGCAUUAACCUACUCAACUGUCUCACUGAGGUCGGCGACACCACAGUGACCGGGGAGAUCCAGUCAUACAUCAUGUCCAAGAAUGUUCCAGAGAAGAAACUGACUACAGCUCAGUGUUCUGCCUUGGCCUACAUGAUGUUGACGUCCAAAAAUGUUUUGGAUGAGUUUGACUUGAAGAAGUACAGGACCUCUGCAGGAGGUCGCAGAAGACUGGUUCCACUGGUUAGGUGCUGCAGAAAAGCACUACUUGCCAAUUGUCAACUCACGCGAAAUUGCUUUGAGACAAUCUCCUCAGUGCUUCAGACUUCUGACUCCCUCCUCAGAGAGCUGGACUUGAGCCACAACUUCCUGGUUCCACAGACAUUGGAGACACUCUGUGCUGGUCUAGUCAGUCCCCACUGCAACCUGGACUCUCUGAACCUCAGCUGCAUCAACCUGGAAUACACGGGUUCGAUACUGCUGAAGGCGGCAUUGCUGGGACCUCAUCACCAGCCCAGCUGUCUGAGACUCAACGGAUGUUAUCUGGAAGACGACUGCAGUGAGUUUAUACUCACAGCUCUUCAAUCAGAGAAAUCCAGACUGACCCUACUGGAUCUCUCCUAUAACAGCCUGACAGAUUCUGGAAUCAUACAGAUCCUGAUUGGACUUGCAAAUCCAAACUGUAAACUUUACACACUGAGGUUGGGAGGCUGUGCGAUUACUAAGGUAUCCUGUGAGGUGCUGGGUUCUGUUCUACAGUUCUCCACCCUCAGAGAACUAGACCUGAGUGGCAGUGGAGUGGGAAAUGAGGGGGUGAAACGCAUCUUUUCCAGAACGUCGACUCAGCUGGGAACAUUGAGACUAAGGGAAUGUGGUCUAUCAGACGGUGCUUGUGAUGUGCUGGGAAACACUCUGAGUUCCUCUGGGCUGAAGGAGUUAGAGCUGCGAGACAACAACAUCAGGGAUUCAGGAGUGAAGCUGCUCUGUGUUGGCCUGGCAAAGCCAACCUGCAUCCUGCAGUCCUUAGGGCUCUCUGGCUGUCUGAUCACUAAAGAAGGAUGCAGAUAUCUGGCUUCUGCCCUCAAAGCAAAUCCAUCUCACCUGCAAGUGCUGGACCUCAGCUACAACCACCCAGGGGAGUCUGGAGUGGCAAUUCUUUCAGAAGCACUGGAGGAUCCCAACUACAAACUGGCAACACUGAAUUCAAGAGAUGGUGGUCUGCACAGGAUCAAGCCCAUGCUGAGGAAAUAUGCUCAUGUCCUCACCCUGGACCCAAACACACAGGAUCAAUCAACUCGCUUUUUCUUGUCUGAGGACAAGCGGAGGGCAUAUAUGGAUUUUCCAGACGUGGCAGACGUGAGAUUUCAUUCAUAUUGUCGAACCUGGUUUGGGGUGAGCUGCUGUGAAGGCCUUACAGGAGGGCGCUUCUACUGGGAGGUGGAGUGGAGGGAGGAGGUUGUGAUCGGUGUGAAGUACAAGGGGAAAGACUCCAGGUACCACAAGGAGUCCUGGAGCCUCUACUGCAACUCCUGUACCGCUCACUACGAGGCGAGCCACAACAACAGCUUCUUCAGGAUCGCCAUGGCCGACGGAGAGUACAGACGUGUAGGGGUGUGUCUCGAUUGGCCGGCCGGCACGCUGUCUUUCUAUUUAGCAGCUUCUGAUAGGCUUAGACACCUUCACACUUUCCACAGUGACUUCUCUAAGCCUCUGUACCCUGAGUUUUAUCUAAAUGACACUUGGCGGUCAUCUGUCAAGAUUGUUACCCUGUGAGUUUAUUUAUAUCCUUGUACACAACUGGUCGGAAUUAUUGGAUAUUAACGACUUCACAGCUAACAGCAGUGGUUGGAAUCCAUCUGUCAGAAUUGUCACCCUGUGAUGUACUGUGUGAUUUUUUUCUUGAUUUUGUAUUUUAUGAUUUAAUGAUUUAUGACCCUUAGGAUUAGGUUUUAUGUGUGACAUGUCUUACUGCAUUUACAUUACAUUUACAUCUGUUCAUUUAGUAGACGCUACUACUAGUAUAAGUGACCUACAUAUGUCAAUUAUAUUACAAGGACCAUUGUCCCUGGAGAAACUCUGUGUCUUGUUCAAGGGCAAAACGAAAGCCCUGGAACCCACAACUUUUCAGGCUACCACCACCCACCUUACUAAAGAGUUUUUUUUUUAAUGAUUUAUGUUCCUUAGAGUUUGGUUUUAUGUGUGAUGUGCUUUACAUUCACUUUUAUCCAAAGCGACUUACAUAUGUCAUUUGUAUUACAAGGGCCAUUGAGCAACUCGAUGUUAAGUGCCUUGCUCAAGGGCACAACGAUGGAGACCUAUGAACCUACAACUUUUCAGGCUACUGCAUGCAAGCCCAGCUCCUAGCCACUAUGCUACCACUGCAAAGAGUUUCGACUUUACCCAAACCAUGUCUUGUGAGGAUCCCCAAGGGAAACGUUCUUAUAGCCUACACGAGGAGGCAGAAUCUAUGUUUCUGGGAUUGAUUAUUUUUACGUUUGCAUAGGUUGCCUAUGUAAAGCACACUGAAAUGCCUCUGUGUUUGGAAUGCUCUAAAUAAACUUGUCUUGCCUUGCCUA